CCGGUGCAGUGCUGCGUUCCACCCUUCCGGCCCGGCGUUCCAUCAGCUGCUUGCACCUUCCUCCCAGCGCCGGCUUUCCGCGCGACGGUCGCCGAGUUCCAUCUUUGCGUGGCCUCUGUGGCGCCCGCCCGAGCCCGCAAUGUCAGGCCCCAACGGGGACCUAGGCAUGCCGGUGGAUGCGGGCGUGGAAGGCGAGAAUGACAGCUUCGGGGAAGCAGAGUACGCAGCCAUCAACUCCAUGUUGGAUCAGAUCAACUCUUGUCUGGACCACCUCGAGGAGAAGAAUGACCACCUCCAUGCCCGCCUCCAGGAGCUGCUGGAGUCCAAUCGGCAGACGCGCCUGGAAUUCCAGCAACAGCUUGGGGAGGACCCCAGUGAUGCCAGCUCCUAGGUGCGGGGAGCCCCCAGCCAGGCCCCACCCUCGCCUCUUUAGGCCAUGAUCUGGCCUGGGUAGAACCUACUUGGCUUGGACACCAUCUCAGGUACCAGCCUUCAGAUCCCGCAGUGGGUCUAACCAGCCUGGACCAGUUCCCCCACUGCCCUCCUCGAGCCAGGCGUGGUCCUCCUACAACACACCCACUUCUGCCUCCCCAGCCCCUGGUCCCUUUCCUCUCCACCUAGGGCCGAGCGUCCAUAUUAAAGAGGUCUCCCACACCA